AUGUCCACGACCGCGGGCGACGCCGCCCCCGCGCCCCUCACCCCGACCCCGUCCGUGCGCCAGCGAACCAUCGCGCUCGAGUCCGAGCUCCUGCAACACACUCGCGCGACGGUGACGGGGCUCGACCGCGGAAGAGCCUCGGCGACGUCGUCUCCUCGGACGGGCCCGGGCGGCGGCGGCGAGGCUGGGCCCGACACCCCACCCGUCCGUCCCGCCGCGCGCGGCGCGGAGAUGAACGGCGACGACGUCUCGAGCGAGGCGCCCGUCGUGGUGAACGUGGCGCUGAGCGAUCCGCGCGCGCCGCACCUGCCGCAAGCCUCGCGCGCCUCCCCGGGCGGAGGAGCGAGCCGUGGAACAAGCGGCAACCACGAGAGCGCCGGUUCGUUGGGAUACUCCGAUAGGGACGCCGCCGCCGCCGCCGCGAUGAAACCCGCCUACGGAGGCGAGCGCACGCGGCCGGCGAGCUCCCCCGCGCCCCCCCGCAUGUUUCCCUCCGCCGCCGCCUCCUCCGCCGCCGGCGCGUCCCCCGAGCCCGGGUGGCUGCGACGGCUGCACCUCGGCGAGAGCGGCGCGAGGUUCUCGCUCCCCGCGCGCUGGCGCCCGUUCCUGCCGUGGGCGCCCGUGUUCCUUCGAGCGGCGCAGGCGGCGUUUUCGCUCGUCGCCGUCGCGUGCGUCGCGUCCAUGAACCACCCCGCGGGGGCGUGCGACGCCGCCAUCGCGGACGCGGAGACCUUGCCCGCGUCCACGGUCGCGGCGUUGUCGCGCCUGGUCGACGACGCGUUGUGCCUCCCAUCUCGGAAUUACCGAAACUUUGUCUCGCUCGAGUUUCUCGCCGUCGUAUCCGCCGCGCUCUUCGUGUGGUCGACGGUUUUCCUCCUCGGGGACCUGCUGGCGCUCGGGGCGAUCGGGUUAGGGAGGAUCGUGGGCAACGUCCACGUGGAGCCCGGACGCGAAACGGUUGUAACGGACGCGAACCGACGCGAGUCCGUCCGAGCCGCCGCCGAGGACCGAGCUCGCCGCUUUCGCGUUCCCCAAAUCGCCCUCGCCGGUGACGCGUCCCUCGCGACCCUAACCUUCUCCGCCGCGUGUGCCGUCGCGGGGCUUCGUACCGGACUCGACGACCUCGCGGCGGGGUACUGCGGUAGGGUGGGUAAGGGUUGGUGCGAUCGAAUGGGAGCGGCGGCUGCGUUUGGUUUUUUGAGUUCGUUGGCGACGUUUCCUUCGGCGGCGCUCAACACCGCGAACAAGUGCGGGCCGUGGUGA